GACUCCAUAAAGGAAACCAGUCCAAAGUUUUCCCGUCAGUGGGCGCCGAGCGUUUUGGAUUGCGUUUCCUGCCCUGGCACAGCAGAGCUCUCCGCCCCCCCCCCCCCCCACCGGCUCUUACUGACGUUUCCUGACCCUUCCCCUGCCGGACUGUUUGUUCCUACUCGCCGCCCCUCCCUUCUCGUACAGCGAAGGCGUAAAAAGCUGCACCUUGAGCCACUGCAGCUCCGACUCGGACGCGCGCAACCGCGAAGAGGAAAGGAAAGGAGCCGCCCAGAAACAACCUUGUGCUGAUCUGUGGAAAUGGAACCUAAAAAGCCUACACCUGUGCCUCCAGCUCCUGGCUACCCAGGGCCUGGCUACCCAGGGCCCGGAUACCCAGGGCCCGGAUACCCUGGACAACCACCACCUCACGGCUAUCCUCAAUAUGCCCCUGGACCAACUUUUCAAGGAGCUCCAGGUGCUCCAGGACAGCCUCCUUACGCUUUCCAGGGUUAUCCGGUAGCUUAUGGAGCUCCACCUGUUCAAGGUCAGCCCACUGCACCUGGUGGUGCAAUUUGGAUGCCAGCCCCACCUCCAAUUCCAAACUGUCCUCCCGGAUUAGAAUAUUUAAGCCAGAUUGAUCAGAUAUUAAUUCAUCAGCAACUAGAGCUUCUGGAAGUCAUAACAGGCUUUGAAACAGCCAACAAAUAUGAAAUAAAAAAUACAUUGGGACAAAGGGUCUACUUUGCAGCUGAGGAAAAUGACUUCUGUACGAUGAAUUGUUGUGGGCCCUCACGGCCAUUUACAUUGAAGAUCUUUGACAACUUGGGCCAGCCUGUUAUAGAGGUCACAAGACCUCUCAGAUGUUCCUGUUGCUGUUGUCCUUGUUGCUUGCAGGAGCUUGAAGUUUAUGCACCCCUGGGCACACCAGUUGGGUACGUUAAACAGCUUUGGGACCCCUGCUUGCCUAAAUUUACUAUCCAAAAUGAGUCACGAGAAGACAUAUUUAAAAUUAUUGGGCCCUGUAUAGUAUGCAGCUGCUGUGAGGAUAUUAAUUUUGAGGUCAAGUCAGCAGAUGAAAAGACAUCAAUUGGAAGAAUUUCUAAGCAGUGGACUGGCUAUGUGAGGGAGGCCUUUACUGAUGCUGACAACUUUGGAAUCCAGUUCCCACAGGACCUCGAUGUCAAAAUGAAAGCAGUUAUGAUUGGAGCCUGCUUCCUUAUUGAUUUCAUGUUCUUUGAACAGGGACACAGUCGACAACAGAGGACUGGAGUCUGGUAACCGGGUUGCCUUCUGCAUUGUGACCCUUCAGAGAAAAUGUUCACAAAACUCUUGUCCUUGCUUCUCUAUAACUAUAAAGCCUGUGCAUAGAAUGACAAUGUUGUAACUCAAGAUUUUGAAGCUACAUGCUGGAGUAAUUCCACUUAUGAGGCUGCUGCUUUAUGAUAUAGCACACAUUGCAAGUGCAUAUUGAGUUAUUAUAUUUGAUAUAGUGAACGUAUAUGAUCCUUCCUGGCACAGUGCUCUGAGAAAGCUCCCUGCAGUAUGUACAAAUGCAGGUUAUGGUGUCCAUCCGCGCAAAUGUAUACAAUGAAAAGAAGAGGAACUUUACAGGCAAACACACUUUGUAUAUAAAACAAACUGAGCAUUUGUUUUUGUGCAUUUUAUUUAAGGAAAUAAAGUACUUUGCACUUAAUAAA